UACACACGUGACGCGAGGCGUCGGCUGGCCGGAUUCUGCAGCGCGCCGUUGUUGCAUCAAGCUCGUCUCUCUGGCUGAUACCUCGCUCCUCGGACCAGUUAGCCACGGCAAAUAUUGAAACCUCUCCUACAGCUUGGGAAACGAUUUGAGGCACCUUAUGACAGUCUGCACAGUCACCGUAAAACUGCCACUCCGGGGGAUGAUAGCGCAGAUAAGGCUGGGGCUGACCAAAUGACUGGUGACGGAUCCGGGAUAUCGACAUAGCCACAGGCCCAUCGUCAGUCGCAAUCGACGUCAUUGACUUUGGCACGAUCGAGGAUCGCGGUCCGAGAGAAGAAGAGAUAUAUAUCUAUAGUUUGGGACUAAUCGUGCGGAAAUUUAGCGAUAUCCGGGAGGCUAUGAUUCAAGAAUUGUGACGGUUCUCCAGACGGAAUACCUGUGCCAACAUGAUGUUACUGAGGUGGAUCCCCGUCUGGUUCCUGGGCGCCUGCUUACUUCUGUGCCCACUGCUCGCUCAGGAAUCGAGGAGAGUGAAAAUAGCUGCUCUGAUAGCUGACGCCGAGGUUUACACGGCGGAGCGAACUGCCCUGGAGCUGGCUGUGCAGUAUGUCAACCUGAACAACAUCAUUCCCAACACCACCCUGGAGUGUACCAUCAACACCACCAAGGAGCUCGCGUUCUUCGAGAUGGUCCUGCAAGCGUGUAACCAGUCGGCGAGCGGAGUGCACGCCAUUAUCGGUCCCGUGGGCUCGUCUGCUGUCAAGGCUGUCAGCUUGGUCAGUGGAGCGGUUCAGAUCCCACAGAUCGCCCCGGUGGCUACAGACCCCAUGCUGGCUAACCCUCAGACCUACCCCUUCCUGGUGCGUCUGUCGGCCACAGACACCGUGCAGAGCAGGGUCAUAGCUGACGUCGUAGACCACUUCGGCUGGCAGCAGAUGAGCAUUCUCACGUCCUCAGACGACUACGGUACCCACGGCUUUAUCGAGUUUGAGAGGAUAGCGGGAGUAAACGGAUGGCUCAUCAGGACAGUCCAGAGCUUCGACCCAACAGACGAUCCCCGCCGCAUCCGGGUACGCAGGCAGCUCCAGGCCAUCAAAGCCGCAGGAGCUCGUAUUGUGCUGCUGAACUGCCUGGCCUCCUUUGGUCUGGAGGUGUUACGUCAGGCAGGUGACAUGGGUCUGACGGGGGUCGGCUGGGCCUGGAUCGUCACCGAUGGUGUCACCGGCAUGACGAGUUUCAGGAAAAAUGAGACCGUUCCUCGCCACCUGCUGGGCCUGCUGGGAGUGAAGCCGGUGGAAGAUAAGGGGGAGCUGUUCGGCGACUUCAUGAAGCUGUGGUCGUCUGUAGACAGCAACAGGUACCCCGGAGCUGGCGUGUGGGACAUAGAGGCGUAUCCUGCUAAGUUUGUGGACGCCGUGCUCCUGUUCGCCUUUGCCUACCGCGAUCUCCUGCGUGCCGGACAGAGCGUGACCGGGGCGUCUGUGCAGUGUAACAAGUUUCCUUCACAGACAUGGAAGCACGGCGACACCAUGCUGCAGUACCUACGAAAGGUGUCUGAGGAGGGAAUCUCCAGUAAGAUUCUGUUCAGCGAGGACGGGACGCCAACUCAAGUGGAGUUCGAUAUCGUCAAUCUGCAGACAAAUGGAUGGCAGCGAGUGGGGUCGUGGAACGAUACGGACGGACUGACCAUAGACAACAGCGUGACCAGCUUCAUGGGCGGCGGACAGGUGGAGUUGAUGGACGACUACGUCAGUGACCUGCGGAACAGGACCCUCCGUAUCGUUACACACCGGGACAUCCCGUUCGUCAUGAAGAAUAUGAACGACUCUGAAGGGAAUCCGCUUCACGGCAACGAUCAGUACUCAGGACUGUGUAUAGACCUUCUGAAGUGGCUCUCGGAUCAGCUCGGCUUCCAGUACCGACUGUACCACGUGGCUGACGACAAGUUCGGCAACAAGGACCGGACGACGGGCCGCUGGAAUGGCGUCAUAGGAGACCUGGUGUACAAGAAAGCAGACAUGGCAGUGACAGACCUGACCAUCACGGCAGAGCGGGAGGAGGAUGUGGACUUCACCCUGCCGUACAUUGAGGCCGGCUCCACUUUCAUCAUGAGGAAGAAGGCCCGGGCAGAGUACAACAUCAUGAACUUCUCCCGCCCUUUCCAGCCCGAGCUGUGGGCUCUGGUGUUCAUCACCACACUGGCGGUGGCCAUCAUCCAGUCAGUCAUCAACAAACUCAGCCCGUACAGUGGCAUCCCAAUGGACGAGGACAGUAGCGGGUCAGGAGACUUGGACGAGGAAUCGCCCUACACAUUCGCAGAGUCCCUGUGGCACUCCUUCGCAGCUCUCAUCCAGCAGGGACCGGAGUUCUUCCCACGAGCUCCGUCAGGCCGCAUCACGUCGAUAUUCUGGGGCAUGGGUAUCCUGAUCGUGAUCGCCACCUACACCGCCAACCUGGCUGCCUUCCUGACCAUCAGCCGCCUGGAGACCACCAUAGAGUCUGUGGAGGAUCUGGCCGCACAGAACGAGAUCGUCUACGGCGUCCAGCGGGACUCGGCCACACAAAGCUUCUUCGACGAGUCGAACAUCGAACCCUUCAAGACGAUGGCGGCGGUCAUGCGGGCACGUGACUCCUACGUGGAGAGCAUGGCUGAAGGCAUCAGGAAGGCGAAGACAGAGAACUACGCGUACAUCAGCGAUAACGUUCUACUGGACUAUCAGGCCAACCGAGAUUGCACCUUGCGAACUGUUGGACGUCUGUUCAAGAAGAGCGGGUUGGCAUCGCCUUGCCGAAGUAUCGCCUUACACUGAAGUCUUCUCCAAGAAGAUCUUUCAGCCAGGGAGUCAGGCUUCCUCGACGUCCUCAUC